UGUCCAGUUUUUAUUACAAGACAGCUGCAGUUCAUCACAGAAUCACAGGUUAUCUGACAGAACCUUCUCCUCCAUGCCUGAUAAAGAAAAUAAUACACUGACACAAAAUCAUUUACAGAAACAAAAAGAGAAAGUCUGUGUCUGGGCUGCUGUGUGUUACUUUCCCCGCAGACCCGGCUGCCUCUGCCCUGGUUAACUCCGCCCACACGGAGCGCGCUGUGGCCGGCCACUGGAGCCGGAGCGGCCCGCCUCCUGCCGGAGUUUAUAAGUUCACCGUGGAACAGCUGCGGGUCUCAGAGACGGAGGUCAACCACCGAGAGGAGGAGCACAGGCCGGCUGCACCGUGGACAUGUUGUAAUCCGGACUUUUUUUCCCACUCUCUGUCCAUGAACGAGGCUGCAAAACCCUCCGCACAGUCACCAUGUGGAAACCCGUCGGAGGAGCGAGGAACGCCGUCAGCUCUGCGGGGCCUCACGCUGCCGCCGCCGCGGUCACCUGCCUGCUGGUGACCGGGAUGCUGGUGGUCAGCUGCGGACACCCGAGCGGCGCAGACCCGGAGGCAGGGACGAGCGCAAAAGUCUUCUCGACGUAUUUCAAGAAACUGACCCGGGAGAGGAGGGCGAUCCCCCCGCGGAGCAGCGCUGCCCCCGGACCGCUGGAGCAUCUCUCUCCGGAUGACCUGUUCAUCGCGGUGAAGACCACCGGGAGGUACCACCGGCAGAGGCUGGAGCUGCUGCUGGACACCUGGAUCUCCAGAAACAAGCCACAGACGUACGUUUUCACUGAUGGAGAGGACGAGGAGCUGAGGAAGAGGAUGGGUGCUCACCUGAUCAACACCAACUGCUCGGCGGCUCACAACCGUCAGGCCCUCUCCUGCAAAAUGGCUCUGGAGUACGACACUUUCAUCAGCUCUGGAAAGAAGUGGUUCUGCCAUGUUGACGAUGAUAACUACCUGAACAGCGGCGCCCUCCUGAAGCUCCUGUCUCAGUACAGCCACGCGCAGGAUGUUUACAUAGGGCGGCCCAGCCUGGAGCGUCCCAUCGAGGCCACGGAGACGCUCGACACCAAUGAAAUGAAGCAGGUGCGCUUCUGGUUCGCCACAGGAGGAGCAGGGUUCUGCCUGAGCCGCGGCCUCGCUCUCAAGAUGAAGCCCUGGGCGAGCGGUGGCACUUUCAUGGCCACGGCCGAGCACAUCCGCCUCCCCGACGACUGCACCGUCGGUUACAUCGUGGAGGCUCUGCUCGGCGCCAGCCUCAUCCGCUCGCCUCUGUUCCACUCCCACCUGGAGAACCUGGGGCUGGUGUCGGACGUACACAACCAGGUCACGCUCAGCUACGGCACAGUGGACAACAGCAGGAACAAUGUCAACGUGAAGGGACCGUUCUCCAUACGUGACGAUCCCACCAGAUUCAGGUCUGUCCAUUGUCUGCUGUACCCAGACACUCCUUGGUGCCCCCGGCGACUCUAACACCCGUCCAGAGACAAAGAGGGAGGGACGACUUGAUGGAGGAGGAAGAAAAAAAGUCCCACCGCUGUCCUCCUCUGACUCCUGAAGAAUGAGAGAGUCAGACGUUAAUGUUUUCCUCGCGGCAGUCCGACUGUAGACCGGCGUUUAGAAAGGAGGGUUGUUGUAUCAGUUUGACACCUGACACCUUGUGAAUAGUUGGUCUGAGUCCGAAAGCCAAAAAACUGCAACAAGAGCAGUAGACUAAUGGUGAAUGUUUUGGAUGGAUGAGAAACGGAGAGAGAAUUUUUUACUAAACGUGAAGCCUGAGGUUAGAUAUGUUAGGACACCUCACCGUAGAGUCUGUCGGGCCUCUGCGUUGAGUUUGAUGCUAACAAUUGUUUGUAAUUUUGAAACCUAAAUGGUAGUUCUGAUCAGCUGUAGCUUGUUUUUUUCUUUUGUUUGUUUGUUUGUUUUUUUUUUGGCCAUAAUUUUUUUUAGUUAUAACAUUGCAAAAGAGCCUGAGCAAUGCUAGAUGUUUGAAUCGGCCGAUAUGAGUUAUAUACGUAGUGAAAAGAUAGAAUGAUAGGGUAGGUUACUAACAAGUUUGCGAAAUCCGUCGUUUAUUAUGUUUGCAGCGACUUAUUUCGCAAACUUGUUAGUAACUUCCCACGAAGACACCACUCGACUCGACACCAGCUCUGCUGCGUGUGCUGCAGACAGUGCUGAGACUGUUCCAAAGAGUCUACGCUGCUCUGCUGGACCAACUAUGAGAGGACACCAUUUUUAAAUUAUUGAACUCACAAGUGUUGAAUUUGUGAGCUCAAAAACACAUUUUGUUGCAUUUGGAGGAAGCGGACAUGGAUCUGCUGUCUCAUCCCCAUUCCCGUGCUAAGCUAAGCUAACAGACAACUUCAUAUUCAGGUUUUUCGUCCGCCUUUCCACAUAAAUGCAAAAGUGGAACAAUAUUGUCCUAAAUAAUACAUCAGGACAUGUGCCCAUAUGGUGUUUUCCUGAGACAGAUAAGUGCUGGCAGGGCUUUUUGUCCCAGAGCUUCGUCAAAAACGGCUCAACAGGGUUUUGUUUUCAUGAAAGUAUCCUGACAACACAUCGAUACGCUCGCUAUCGUUGUGACAUAUGAUCGAUUUGCGUGCUAAUGGGCUGAUAUUAUCAUUCAUGUAGCCGUGCCAAGGCAUCUGUCAGGGAUGGAGAUGAGAAUGAUUUUUUUUUUUUUAUGCAGGUUUAUUGCUGAAUCCCACCUACUGUGUCUUUUCUUAUUUGUGUAGUAGUUCAGUCCACUCAGACAGACAGAAAACCCCAAACUGCCUCUGCUUAAUGUAGCCUGAUACUCUUUGUACAUUAUUCAUCAUUUCCUCUCUACUUUCUCGGCUGUGAAAGACUAUUCUUUUAAAUGUAUACGGACAUGUUUACCCAGUUUCCCACUCGGCUCCCUCGUGCUGCAUGCUGUAGUUUUAACCAGCAUAAGUUCAACACGCGGUUCUGUCAGGGCGAACAGAUGAACCGAGCAACACAGAAGGAAGCAUCGAUCACUUGUCGUUUAGAAUUUAGACUCCGAAGUUUUAUCUCAUCCGUGUUCAGUAUUAACCUCUCUCUGAAGUAUAUACCACGACCGAGCACUUUGCUGUUUUAUUUAUGCUGUUCAUCAUUCGAUAAAAGGACUUUAAAGGAACAGCGAGACAUUUGGGGGAUUAUUUGCUUUGCUUGUUUGCGCCUGAUGAAACAAACAAGGCGUAACGUGCUAAUGAGAGGCGCUGUGGCUUCAGAUUUACAGCACCAACAUCAAUCUAAUCCUCAAACUCUCUGCAGGAGAGAUUCCCCCUCAAAUGUCAAACUAUUCUUUUAAUAAAAAAUUCUGUGUGAACUACCAUCAUAACUCAUCCAUUAAAGGCUCUGAUACAAAAUGUUAUUUUUUUUAAAAGAAGGUGAUGCCACCUGUUUUUAAUUCAUGUAAAUGGAUGGAUUAUGAUUAUAACAGAUUUUAAAACUGCUUUUAAAAUGUUGUAGCAGUGGGUUUAAGAGAUCCACUCUGAAGUUUUGUCGCGAAAUGACUCACGUUGAGUCGUCUUAUCUUUCCGUGCGUUGAAAGCAGUUUUUGCAAUUGUGCUGCAAGUUGAUGAAAGUUAAGUUAAACUCUGUCCCUCGUUACAUGAAUGUAUGUGAUGAACGGCUGCUUCCGAAGCGUACAUGCUCUCUCCAGUAUCUGGAUUUUAUGUAGACAUUGUGGUUAAUAAAAGCUCUUUUUAACCCAGUA